AUGAUUGUCGGUAGCCUAUGUGUUGCGCUUGCUCUGGCGGCCAGCCCGGUAGUCGCCAUACUGCCGGGUGGCAUGUCAUUGCAAGGAGCACUUGGAAUGAUGCCUGGUGAUGACGAGAAACCCAUAGGUGUAACAGGGAGCUCAAAGAUUAAGGCAUACAACAUGUCUGUGCCAAUUGACCACUUUCACAAUGAAACAAAGUAUGAGCCUCACUCCAACGAUUCUUACAACCUCCGGUACUGGGCCGACACUUCCCACUACAAGAAGGGGGGACCUGUUAUUAUCCUGCAUUCGGGAGAGUUCAACAGUGAAGGUCGAUUACCCUUUCUCGAGUACGGCAUCGCGUCCAUUCUGACCAAGGCGACGGGAGGUGUUGGCAUCGUCCUUGAACACCGGUACUAUGGAACCAGCUGGCCGACCAAGAAUGCUUCUACCGAAAGCUAUCGCUUCUUGACCACUGACCAAGCAUUGGCUGAUACUGCUUACUUCUCCAAGCACCUCAAAAUCCCGGGGCAGGAACAUCUCAACUUGACUUCUCCCGAAACACCUCACAUUCUCUAUGGUGGCUCUUAUGCAGGAGGAUUCGUGGCCAUUGCCCGAAAAGUGUAUCCCGAUGUCUUUUGGGGUGCCAUCUCCUCUUCCGGCGUUACAGUCGCCAUUGAUAACUUUUGGCAGUAUGGCGAAGCAACUCGACACUAUGCGCCGGGUGAAUGCUCACCUACCAUCCAAAAAUUAACCGACAUUAUCGAUCACGCGUUGCUAAACCGUGACCCUGAGCUCUCAAGAGAAAUCAGGACGCUGUUUGGGCUCGGAAGCCUCAUGCAGGAUGAAUUCGGUAGCUACCUCAUGGGCAUUCAGCCCAGUCUCCAAGGGACCAACUGGGACCCUGAGCAAGAUGGAAUUGAUUUUGGCGCAUUCUGUGCCAUUAUAACUUCCGACUCCAUUCUGUUCCGGAGCACACGGCAUCUUCUAAGCCGCGUUCGAGCCGUUGUCGAGGGCGCUGGCUACGACGGCGACAGCAAGCGACUGACUGUCAGGAUGCUCAACUACAUUGGCUAUGUCAAACAAAAUGUCAAGGGCAGUAGAAAGAAUUGUAAAGGCGAGAAGAAACUGCGAGAGUGCCUCUCGGCUCGGUUUGAAACGGGCAGCAUUGAGAUUAACAAGGAUACGUGGCACCGCAGCUGGUUGUACCAGACUUGCACCGAAUGGGGCUACUUCAUGAACGGAGCGGGCACGCCCAAGGACCGCCUCCCCAUGGUCUCCCGAGCUGUGACCGCUGAGUUCAGCUCGUAUACCUGCAAGAGCUUCUUCGGAAUCAAGACUCGCCCCAAUGUUGAGAUUAUCAACAAGCAUGGCGGAUUCAACUUCAGCUAUCCGCGAGUCGCGCUCAUUGAUGGUAAGCAAGAUCCGUGGCGAAGCGCAGGCGUUCACGCAAUGGGUCUGCCAGACAGGCUGUCGACGUAUGAGGAGCCUUUCGAACUCAUUGACUGGGGGGUGCAUCACUGGGAUGAGAAUGGAAUCAGUCCCUUUACCGCGGGUAAUGGAGAACUUGGUCUACCACCUCCAGAGAUUUGGGAAAUACAACAGAAGGAGGUCAAGAUUGUGAAGCACUGGUUAAAGGAGUUUAAGAAUAAGGAUAGGCCCGGAUCUGGGCCAGAGCUUUAA